AUGUCCGCCUCAUCUUCCUCCGAUGUAGAUUACUCCCAGGAACUGGAGUUAUAUCUCUCCCCACCUGACAUCGAAGAAGAACUUCAAUUAUCUUUACACGAAGCCGCACCACCCGAAUGCAAGCCGGCGAUAACCAUUGCUGAAACUCGCAGCAGAAGAAAAGCCAGACUACUACAGCUUGCUCUUACUCGUUCUCCUUCGCCUAUCUACUCUCUACCUUGCGAAAUGUUGUCGUUGAUCUUCACCGAGUAUUGUUUGAUGUCGAUCAGUCCCAACAAGAAACCAUCCCCUCAGUCUGUUCUAACCCAGGUCUGUUCGACCUGGAGGCAAGUGGCUCAUGGAACACCAAGAUUGUGGUCUCGUUUCCAGGCUUUGCUUGGGGAUAAUGGGUUUGAAGUACAUGGUGAUGCGAUGACUACGUGGCUCGGUCGUAGCGGAGAAGUUCCCCUCGAAAUAGCCAUUCGACCGAAGGACAUCACUUUCUCUCCUCCGUCAAAUAUACUUGAAUGCAUGGGAUCCUUUUGUCACCGUUUGCGAAUCUUACACUUGGCCAUUCCUCUCCACGCAGUCAUUCCUCUGAGCCUCCUACCCGGUUUCCCGCUAUUGACGGCCCUAAACCUUAGUCUCAUCAGAGACGAGUCAACCCGAAGUGGACCGAACAAAAUCGGUGUCAACGAUAUAGGGCAACUAGAGCCAGGGUACCACCAAUUGUCGAUCCUACGGAACUCACCGAGGCUGACUGAUCUGAAGUUUGUGGGGUGGGAGUUGAGCAAGGAGAUGGUGCCGAAAGUUCUCAGUCUGCUGCUUCCCGUAUCUCAGCUGAACACUGUUCAGUUGCUUGUGGCCGCUGAGGCCUGCCACAUCCUGAUGGAUCCUUUACCCUACCUCAAAAUCUUAGAGGGAAGCUGCGCUAGCUUGGUUCAAUGCACGCUCCGCUGUCCUCAAUGGAUGUCCGGGAUCAUUGUUCCUGGCAUCACUUUCCCACUGCUGCAAAUACUCGAUCUGGUCGACUGGCAUGACGAAUGUGAAUCACGUUUCCUGAAUGCCAUUACCGUCCCUUCGCUUCGCUAUUUCCGCACGAAUCAUACCUACCACGGCGGCUUUGUCAAUGAAAGCUUUGCAAGCGAUAUGAUCGAUUUACAGGAGCGUUCCUCUGCACCGUUGAGGACUUUUGAAUUACUGGGCAUGCAUGAGUUACCAGUAGACGACCUCCUUUCCAUCCUCGCCGUAUUCCCUAUGUUGCACAAUCUAGGGCUUAAUCAGUGCGACCUAGAUACUGCACCACUGAUGCAGGGUCUGGAAUACUGUGCAAACAAACCUCUCCUUGUACCCCGACUUCAAUCGUUCAGUUUCAAAAAUGCUCAGCUCAAGCCUAAGGGUUCCGAUCGGUACAUUGCCGAUAUGGUCGAGUCACGUAACCUUAUUGGAGAUCACGACGAGCAAAGACCUGUCGACCUGCAUCGUAUCUCUAAAUUGACCGUGAUCUUUGAGAAGCAAUCACUCAGUCAUACCGUGACGAAACGAUUGAGAAACAGUGGAAUACGCGAGUUGACUUUGGCCGACAAGGUGAAGAAAAAAGUGAACUAA